CCCCCCCCCCCCGCCGCAAAGCUAACAGAUUUCGUCCUGGUGCUCGCCAGCAACGGGCGGCGGUUGCCGGUGGAGACGUUUCAUCUCUAUCUCCCCGCUUGGCUGCUUCUUCUCGCUUUGCCGUGAGAGGCCCAGCGCGCAGGAUUUUAAGGCGUGCUGCUGGUGGGUGAUUUUAAGCGAAGAGACCGUGUUCUUGGGGGGCCGAGAGACAGAGCUCUCUAUCUGUCCUGUUUCCGGGUUCUUUUGGUCGAAGAGGCAGAGCUCGUCGAGGGGCAAUGGCGGAGGCGAAGCCGGAGGAGAUCAGCCAUCCGCCCAUGGAGCAGCUCCAGGGGUUUGAGUACUGCAUAGACUCCAACCCUCCCUGGGGGGAGGCGAUCAUACUUGCCUUCCAGCACUACAUACUGGCGCUUGGCACGGCGGUGAUGAUCCCGGCGGUGUUGGUUCCCAUGAUGGGUGGCGACGAUGGGGACAGGGUGCGGGUGGUGCAGACGCUGCUGUUCGUGACGGGGAUAAACACGCUGCUGCAAUCCCUCUUCGGGACGCGGCUGCCGACCGUGAUCGGCGGCUCCUACGCGUUCGUGAUCCCGAUAGUGGCCAUCAUCCAGGACUCGUCGCUCGCGGCGAUACCCGAUGGCCACGAGAGGUUCCUCGAGACCAUGAGGGCAAUACAGGGGGCACUGAUAGUGUCCUCCAGUAUUCAGAUAAUCCUGGGCUACAGCCAACUCUGGGGCAUUUUCUCCAGAUUCUUCAGUCCAGUGGGGAUGGCGCCAGUGGUUGCUCUGCUAGGAUUUGGCCUUUUCGAAAGAGGAUUCCCUGUGGUUGGGAGAUGCGUUGAGGUCGGUUUGCCGAUGCUGAUUCUCUUUGUUGUACUCUCUCAGUAUCUGAAGAAUAUACAAAUAAAAGAUAUUCCCAUACUGGAAAGGUUCUCCCUUUUCAUCUGUAUCGCGUUGGUAUGGGCAUAUGCUCAAAUCCUCACUUCAGGUGGUGCCUAUAAGAACAGCACUGAGGUCACUCAGAUCAACUGCCGCACUGACCGAGCCAAUCUGAUCUCCUCUGCUCCAUGGAUUAAGAUUCCUUACCCACUACAAUGGGGGGCACCAACCUUCAACGCUGGCCAAUCAUUUGGUAUGGUGUCUGCCGUUUUGGUCUCACUAGUUGAGUCCACAGCAUCUUACAAAGCUGCUGCUCGUCUUGCAAGUGCGACUCCACCUCCAGCUCAUAUCCUGAGUAGAGGCAUUGGAUGGCAGGGAAUCGGCAUCCUCCUUGAUGGGCUAUUUGGAACGGGCACUGGCUCCACUGUCUCAGUGGAGAACGUCGGGCUGCUUGGAUCGACAAGGAUCGGGAGCCGGCGUGUUAUACAGAUCUCUGCCGGUUUCAUGAUCUUUUUCUCCAUGCUGGGGAAAUUCGGAGCGCUGUUUGCUUCCAUCCCAUUCACCAUCUUCGCAGCCGUGUACUGCGUCUUGUUUGGGCUCGUUGCUGCGGUGGGGCUGUCCUUCUUGCAGUUCACUAACAUGAACUCCAUGCGCAACCUCUUUAUCGUGGGCGUCUCCAUCUUCCUUGGCCUAUCCGUGCCGGAGUACUUUUUCCGGUACACCAUGGCUGCUCAGCGUGGUCCUGCGCACACCAAAGCCGGAUGGUUCAACGACUACAUCAACACCAUCUUCUCAUCGCCGCCAACGGUGGGGCUGAUCGUGGCCGUGUUCCUGGACAACACGCUGGAGACCAAGGACGCAGGCAACGACCGGGGCCUGCCGUGGUGGGUGCGGUUCCGGUCGUUCAAGGGGGACAGCAGGAACGAGGAGUUCUAUAGCCUGCCGUUCAAUCUCAACCGCUUCUUCCCUCCGGCCUAGACCGGGCGGGCGAUCUUACCGCCUACCGAGAGUGAUGAAAAAGAAAAGGAGGAAGCGGCCGGUCUCUGCUUCUCUGGAUGAACUCAGAUUGCUGAGCGGAGGGAUAGUAGUAGCUGUGUGUAGUAGUAGCUGGCCAUUGUUUGAUUCGUUGAUCUGUAGUUGUUCAUGUCUUUAGAUCGUUGUUGCCUUGUUGGGAGGUCCCCCAACCCAGUAAAAAUGGUUGCCUACCGUUUUACCUCAGAUGUGUACAUCGUUGUUU